AUGUCAUUUACUUCACAAAGGCAAUUCCAACUCUUUGAGAGUACUCCGAUUAAAGAUCCGUAUUUUGGCAGUGAAUCGCCCUUAUACUCUGACACGACAUUAUCAGCGGUUGCACCCUUGGGAAAUGGUGUGAUUGCAACUGCAGUGAAGUCAGCCUACAUUCAAGUCAUAGAUCUGAAGACAUCGUCUGUGAUAUCUGAAUUCAAGGCUUUUUCUGAUAAUUUUCAAAUAACGUACAUGGAACAUGUGUUAAAUGACUUUUUGGUGAGUGUCGGUGAGUGCGUUGGUCAACCAAGCUCAAUAAAGGUCUGGAACCUGCAAAAGAAGCCUAAAAGUGAAUUUGAAUUCCAUACUACAUGUACAAUAAAAAAUGGAAAUAACACUUUUCCCAUCUCUGCGAUUAGCAUUUCUUCAGACCUAUCAUGUAUUGUUAUAGGGUUUGUAAAUGGCCGAAUUAUUCUAGUCAGAGGAGAUCUUUAUAGGGAUAGGGGUUCAAGACAAAGAGUUAUUUACGAAGAUGCAAAUUCAGAGCCAAUUACGGGGCUGUUUUUGAGAAAUGAUAAUACAUUAUGUUUUACCACUACACCUUCUAAAAUCCAAGUAUUUCGCACUACAGGCAGGAAUAAUGGCGAGCCCGAAAGGAUUCUUAACGAUCGGUCAGGGGCAGACCUCAAUUGCAGCUAUUUUAAUAAAUCCACCGAUGAGCUUCUUUGUUGUUUGAAUGAUUCGAUAGACUUUUACAAGGCUACCGGGGAGAAGCGAUCUCUCGUAAUGGACGUACCUUUGAAGAAAAGAGUCUUUUUAAUUGACAGUGACCACAUCUUACUGGUUUGUGGAGUCUCAUCAUCAAAUAUUACGUCGCUAAGCAUGAAUAAUCCCGCAACAGUAACAAAUAGACUCCUAUUGUUUGAUGUAAAAAAUAAAAUCAUCGCUAUGAAUUUAUUACUUGCAAGUAAUAUUGUAAAAGUCUAUGGGGAUGUUAUAAACGAUACCUAUUCAACAUAUCUAGUUACAACGGAUGGAGUUAUUAAUAAGAUCACAGAAAAAUCAGUGGAGAAACAGAUUAAGAUAAUAACUCAGCGUGAAGAGUUUUCGAUUGCCUUACAAGUUGCAGAGCAGCAUUCUGCAUCAGCGCUUCGCAUCCAAGAAAUAAGGAAACAAUAUGGUGACUAUUUAUAUAAGAAGAACCUGAAGGAAGAGGCUGUAGCUCAAUAUGUGCAAUGUCUAGAUGUCACAGAAUCUAGUGAGAUUAUUUCCAAAUUUGGAAUUCAAAAGUCUUCGAGAGCUGAUGAUUCUAAAAAUUUGGCUACAUAUAUUUGGUCUAUGAUUAAGCAAAAUAAUUCAAAUGCUGAUCAUGUCACAUUGUUAUUAAUAAUUCUAAUAAAAUUAAAGGAUACCGAGGGCCUAGUUUAUUUCAUUUCUCACUUUAGCCGAACAGGGGAAUUUAUUGAAGCAGGCGAGACAGAAAGUGAAUGGUUGGUUGAUGAUGAAAGCUAUUUCUACUCCGAUAAGACCCUUUUUGAUUUGGACACUAUACUACAGUUAUUAAAGGACUCAACGCUUGAUAAACUGGCUUUCAAGCUAGUACACAAAUUUUCCAAAGAUCCGCUCCAAAUUGUCGACGUAAUUUUAAAUACGUUGGAUGAUCCUCAUUCGGCAUUAAAAUACAUUAAAACCUUGCAUAUAGAUGAUACGCUUCGUGUUAUGAUUGAAUUUUCCAAGAUUUUAUUACAGAAGCUCCCUAACGAUACUAAUGCGUUAUUGAUUGAAGUUUUCACUGGAAGGUAUCAAAGAGCAGCAUGUAAGGUUGAUAUACUUCAAGAAAAGAGGAUUAUAUCAUUGAAUAACCCUGUUUUUCACAGUUAUAAAGCUUUCGUUACUUACAUGAAUUUGGGAUCUAGCGAUCAUUCAAGUUUAGAUGAGAUACCCAAACCGACGUAUCAUCCACCCAAACCAUCUCUGGUUUUCCCGUCCUUCAUUGACAGACCUUAUCAAUUUGUGGUUUUUUUGGAAGCCUGUUUAGAGAGUUAUAACAAGUAUCAAGGGUUUGUUCGUGACAAACAGGAGAUAUUAACCACAUUAUACGAUGUAUAUUUGUCGCUUGCAAAUUCAGCCGAAGAGGAUCAGAAACAAGAAUGGUAUUCUAAAGCAAUGGGUGUAUUUAAAGAAAGUGAAAGAUUACUAUCCAAUAAGAAGGCUUCUAAAAGCCAAAAAGGUUUAAAUUCAUAUUCGCUGGACAAUUCUUUAAUGAUGUUAAUUGCACAUAUCAAUAAUGUCGAUCUUUAUUCGGUAGCCGAGAAAGGAAGUUCGGGGGACAAAUCAGAAUCGUCUUUCUUAAGCAAAGGUAACCUUGCCAACGUUUUCCGAUCUAUGUGCUUAACAAGGGAUGCUGUUAAAUGCAUGCGUUUUCUCGAAAAAUAUGGUAAAACUGAACCAGAACUUUAUAGGAUGGCAUUAAACUUCUUUUUGACUUCACCGCAUAUUUACAAUGACAUUGGUGGUGAUGCUGUAUUUAAAAGGAGAGUGCUAGACAAGGUUGUAAGUUUAGAAUUAAUGCAACCUCUAGAUAUCCUCCAAAGUUUAAGUCAAACUAAUGUUGCUACCUUUGGAUUGGUGAAAGAUUUCUUGGUGAACCAUAUAAAAUGCCAGCAGAGAGAAACAGAAAACAAUGAAAAGCUAAUCAAUUCUUACCAGUCUGAGCUUCAAGAAAAACGGAACCAGCUGUCAGCUUUAUUAAACACCAGUGACCCUAUACAGGUAAAAGUAAAAAAUAAUUUUUGCAAGAUGUGUCAUACUUCGUUAGACUUGCCAGUCGUGUUCUUCAAAUGUGGUCAUAUAUUUCAUCAAAGGUGUUUGAGUGAAGAGUCUGAUUUGGAGGCUAAAAAUAAGCUUUAUAAGUGUCCAAAUUGCGCUGUCGAAAUGGAAAAUUCAGUUAGCAUGGCAAAAGCACAACGCAGCAUUUCUACAAAUGUUAAUUUAUUGAAAGCUGCUCUAUACAACGAGGAUAAUCAUAGGGACCGAUUCAAAGUCGUUUCAGAGUUCAUUGGAAAAGGCGGCUUAGAAACUCCCAUAGGAAUAGAUUGA